AUGGUCAAGAACCACCAGCACGGAGCGAUUGGCGCUGUCAAGCAUGGCUCCGGAGACCACCUCCGAGACCAGGUAGCCAAGCGCUCGCGGCUCGGCGAUGCAGCGACUGAAGGCCUCGAGCCAGCGCAGCACGAAAGGCUGGCUGCCGUGUGUGCUCGCGAGCACGUACACCUGGCCAGCGAGAUCGCGGAGGGCUCCGCCUUUGGCGCAUUGAUCGAGGCUCUUUCGGCCCCGCACUGCCGCGCAACCACAGUCGACAUGCAGCGCCUCGGCUCGUUAGCAUUCGUGACCAUCUCCGCGCUCGGCCGCAAGUCACCUUGCUUCGGCGAACGUAGGAAUGGGAUCGGCGUGCAGGGCGGCAUGUCAUUGGGCGACGCGAUUGGCCGGAACCAGACGCUCACCCGCCUAAAUUUGAGCCUGAACGACAUCGCACCGGAGGGCGGCGCCUCGCUCGCCCGCGGGCUGCGCAGCAACACCUCGCUCACGCAGCUGACGCUGGUGCGGUGUGGCCUCGGCCCGGGCGGCGGCAGGGCGCUCGGCGAGGCCCUCGAGACCAACCGCCACUUGCUCAGCCUGGACGUCGAGCAAAACGACUUGGGAGUCGAGGGCGGUGUCGCGUUUGGCAGGGCGCUCGCGGUCAACACCUCCCUCGCCACGCUGGGCAUGAGGUCCAACCGCAUCGGGUACGGCCUGGAGCGUGCGACGGCGUUCGCCAAGGCACUGGAGGUCAAAUCGCCGCUUCACGAGCCUCGGCAUGUCCGUGACACCCUCACGCGGCUGGACCUGAGCGACAACGCGAUCGGGAGCGACGGCGUCUCGUCGCUCGCCGACGCCGUCGCCGGCAGCGGUUCGCUCGCCGACCUGGACGUGUCGCUGAAUGCUCUCGGCGGCGUCGGUGGCGCGCUGCUCGCUGCGGGCGUUGGGCGGUCGCGCGUGCUGCGCAGGCUGACACUCGACCGCAACGGGCUGGGCGCUGCAGGGGGUGCGGCGCUCGCCGCCGCCCUCCUCGGCCACGAGGCUUGCGCGCUGGUCUCUCUCAGCGCGGCAGGCGCGUUCCGCUUCCUCGCGCGCGCUCGCCUCACGAACACUCGGCUGCAGCUCCCGCGCAACGACGUCGACGACGGCGGCGGUGUGGCGCUGUGCGAGGCGUUUGCGGCACACCCGGCGCUGCGCGAGCUUGAUCUCUCCUCCAACAUCAUCACCGCACUGCCCAUCGAGACGCAGGGCGGCGGCUCGCGGCUCGACCUGUCUGGCAACGUGCUCACCUCGCCGCCGCUCGCGCACCGCGCAGGCUCCCAGGCGUUGGGCGACUACCUCGCCAUGCUGUCGGCCGAGCCGCAGGCGGUCUCUCGGAUCCGGCUCAUGGUGGUUGGCUUCGGCGGCGUCGGGAAGACAACCUUUUGCGGCGCCGCCACGUGCCCGCCCGAGGUGCGGCCAACCUACGCGGCCUCGCUCCUACAUUGCUCGCAGUGGGACGCGGCGGCGGUGGCGGCGUGGGCGCGCGGCCUGGGCGCGCAGCGAGGCACCGAAUGGGCGAGCAAGGCGGCCGCCGCUCUCUCGGCGGCGGCGCUCGCCCUCGCAGUCGGCUCGCUGCUGCGAAAGGGCUAUUUCUCGACCGUGGGCGCCGUCAAGGUCGACGGGGCCAUUUCGGUGAUAAGAAACAAGAACCUCGUUCGUGCGCACGGGUUGCCAUCGUCCCGCACGGGAACAUCGUCCGCGCACGGGUUGCCAUCGAGUGGCUGCGGGUUCGAGACCCUAAACCUGACGCCAGAGGCGCAGCUACCAGAGGUUCUUGUGCGGGACGAUGGCAACCCGUGCGCCUAUUUUGUCGUGGCGGCGCUGCAGCACGGGUACUCCGCUCCAGAGGCGCAGCUACCGAUGCUGAUGAGCCUCGUGUGCAGCCUCGAGCUCUGCGUCGAGCUCUCUCGCCUCGAGAAGGACGCGGCGGGCUGCGGCCGCUUCCUCUUCCCCUGCCUGCUGCCCCUCGUCAGCGCCCCCGAGCUCGCGUGCCACUGGCCGGCGGCAGAAGCAACUGCGACCCCGACCGCCGCGCUCGUCAUGCGGGGGCACCGCUUCCGAGCCCGCGACCGCUUCCUUCCGCCGGGCGUGUUCCCGAUGCUCGUCGCGCGCCUCGCGCGGCUGCCGGCCGGGAGCGUGAGCGCCACGCGGCUCUGGCGCGACGCGGCGGUGGUCCGCUUCCGCGCCGCAUCCGCGCUGCUGCGCGUCGACCUCGCCGCCGCCACCCUCGACAUCGUCGUGGCCGCGCCGAACGACGCUUCUCACUUUGUGGGCGCCGCCAAGGGGCAGGCGAGCGCUGUGCGAUGGCUCGCCCACCUGGUCCGGCAGAUGCUCGCCAGGGGGUACCCCAGCAUCACCUUUGACGAGGCCUGGCUCUGCCCUACGCCGAGCUGCCACGGCGUGCCGUGCGGCGGUGGCGACGGCGACGAAGGCGCACCCGUAGCUGGCGCGGCGGCAGAUCGCGGCUUCGGCACCUACUGCGGAACGGAGUUUCCUCUCGAGCCGACCGCAGCUAAGCCAGGCCACGCUUGCGAGCACGAGGGCUGCUGGAACUUUCUGGGCACCGGGCACAGGCUGGAGCCGCUGCAGCUGCGGGCGGCGGCUGCGGGCGCCGAGGCACCCGCUGUCUGCGCCUCGUGCGGGCAGCAGCCGUACUUCCCCCUGCGCGCAGGCGGCGGGUUUGGGUGGGCGGCAAAGGAGGACGCCGAGCUGCUGCGCGGGGGCAUGAGCGUCGCGCAGCCGCGCGCGGGCAUCGGGUGCAAGGUGGGCGAACUGCACGAGGACGUCGGACGAGACACAAAGCGGUUGGGAAGCUGA